CCACUUCAGAAUUGGAAACUUGGUAAUCAAGUGAAGAUGAAAAUUCAACCCUUCAUCAUGGACAUGGAGCCAUUGCAGGACUCAGCCCUAGAAAGUUUGGAUGAAGAGCUCUCAGAGGACGUGUCUGAAUCUGGAAGUGAUUUUGAGGUUCAACUCAAAUCCAAGAGGAAGAUGAAACAGACAGUGGCCCACGGAACAUUGCCACCCAAGAGGCCCAGACGAAACGUGUCAGACCAGUCAAGCUCGAGCGUGACGCCUCCGGCUAGCAGUCCCUCCCCUGUGCAGAAGGGGCCCAGACGUACCAGCCGGCAGCGGAGAGGGAAGGAAGGGGGAGAGGAGGAGAGAGGAGAAGAGGAGAGAGGAGAGGAGCACUCCACUGCUGGGGGCCUGUACGAGGCCGUCAAGUCCGGCCGCAGUGCUCUGGCGACGGUGGUCUCUGAGUGGCUGGAGGACUACAAACAGGACCAGGAGGCGGGCCUUCUUGAGCUCAUCAACUUUCUGGUGCAGUGCUGCGGAUGCAAAGGUGUAGUUAGCAAAGAGAUGCUAACCAGCAUGGACAAUAGUGAUAUUAUUUGCCAGCUGACCAAAGAGUUCAAAGAGGACUUGUCGGCGUACCCUCUGUCGUCUGUGGGCCCCCAGUGUCAGCACAGCCUGCUCUACGACGACUUCCUGUUCAGCUCCCUCGUGCCGCUGCUCACCGGCCUGGCCGACUCGCAGGUGCGUGCCUUCAGGCACACCAGCACCUUCAUCGCCAUGAAGCUGAUGAGUGCGGUGGUGGAGGUGGCAGUGAGUGUGUUUGCCCAGAUCCAGGUGACCAAGCGGCGCUGUGAGCUGGAGAAGAACAAGGCUGCCGAACACAGAGCCACUCAGAAACUAGAGGAGCUGAAGAAGUCUCACAGCGAGCUCUUGGAGCACCAGACAGAGCUGUGUUCCAUCAGGAACGCCAUCUUUAAGGGCGUGUUUGUGCACCGCUACCGGGACCGGGUGCCCGAGAUCAGGGCGGUGUGCGUGGAGGCGCUGGGCGGCUGGGUCCUGUCCAACUCCUCCGUCUUUCUCAACGACGGCUACCUCAAGUACUUGGGCUGGAUGCUGCAUGACAAGCAACCCGUAGUGCGUCUGCGGAGCGUGAAGGCGCUGCAGGGUCUGUAUGAGGAGAGUGAGUUUAUUGGCCGGCUGGAGCUCUUCACCAGCAGAUUCAAGGAGAGGGAACUAAAUAUGGUGUUGGACAAAGACUCAGAGGUUGCCGUGGAGGCAGUCAAGCUGCUUCUACUCAUCCAUAAGUGAGUGUGUGUGUGUGUGAGUGCACAUCUG